AACCAUCAACAACAUGCGAGAGCGCUAUAAGAAAUGGCGACAAAAUUCAAAGAGGAACUUGAAAAUCAAGCGCCAUUUAUAAAUAGCACCAUCCUGCGCCCGAGUGGUUUCAAUUUUGAGGAAUUCAAAAUUAGAACGUGGACGGGGAAACGGAAAUGGAUGCGACGACCGGACGUCGGGGUUUGGUUCCUGCCUUUUACGUUCUUGUUGAUCGGUUGUCAUGGUUACCAGGAACAGAGGUUUGCCAUGGAGCCGCAGGACCAGAGUGCGAUAGUGGGCUCCAGGGUGACACUCCCGUGCCGAGUAGAGAACAAAGUUGGGACUUUGCAAUGGACGAAGGACGACUUUGGUUUGGGCACGCACCGGAAUCUCAGCGGAUACGAGCGGUAUACCAUGAUCGGCAGCGACGACGAAGGAGACUAUUCUCUAGACAUACGAAAUAUUACACUCGAAGAUGAUGGUGUAUACCAGUGCCAAGUUAGCUCCGGAUUGAAUGGUGAACCUCCCAUUCGGUCCCGCUACGCCCAUUUGACGGUAUUAGUAGCACCUGAUCCACCUAGAAUUGUCCAGGGAGCCUUUAUAGAUGCUACUGAAGAACAACCUAUUGUUAUAGAAUGCGUAUCGUCUGGAGGAAAACCUGCUGCCGAGAUAACAUGGGUGGAUGGUAACCAAGCAGUUAUAAAGAAGAAGAACAUACAAAACAAUGUAGAAACACUGCGCGACGGCCAUAGGACUACCACAAGAUCAACCCUGCGGUUAACCCCUACAAAGGAGCACCACAACAAGACUAUAACCUGUCAAGCGCAGAAUACCGCAGAUAGGGCGUAUAGGAUGGCCACUGUCCACAUUGAGGUAAAAUAUGCCCCAAAAGUAAGCAUCAAGUUGAAGUCCGACGAAGAAAGGGUAAAAGAAGGCACCGAAGCAAGAUUCCUGUGUUCAGUAGACGCCAAUCCUGCACCUCUGAUUUACCGAUGGUACAUCAACGAUAGCCCGGUCCUUGGAGAUUACGUCGAAGAAAUGAUAAUCUUCAACGUAUCCAGAAAGUACCAUGAAGCUGAAAUAAAAUGUGAAGUCAGCAACACAGUGGGUAAAAACGACUCAUCUCUAAAGUUAGAAGUUAGCUAUCCACCAUCAUUUCGAACCCGACCACGAAACAAAGAAGCGGAUUUUGGUAAAAAAGUAACACUUAGUUGUGACGUAGAUGGACAACCGACACCAGAAAUAACUUGGCUCUAUCAUGAGCCUGGGCGUAUCGACCAGGUCAAAGGAGAAGCUGCAAACCUGGUGAUAAAUGUAACCAAUGAUACAGCUGGACGAUACAUUUGCAAAGCUACUGUGCCGGGAUAUCCACCUAUACAGGAUGAAGUUACUGUGUUUUUGAAAGCAAAACCCGAAAUUAUUUCUAAUCGCACACAAUUCGGACCUGAAGGUGAAAGGGUGACAGUGGAAUGUAUAGCUAUCUCCAUACCGAAGCCUGACGACAUCACUUGGUAUUUUGAAGGUCGACAGAUCAAUGCUUUCGAAAAUCCGAUAUAUGCAAUUCUAAACGAACCGUUGGAAGAUGGACUAAUAAACGUGAGCCUUGUUAUCAAAACGAGCCAAUCCAAACAUUUUGGAUCAUACAACUGCAGUGUUACCAAUAAAUAUGGAAACGCCAAUGUUGCUAUUGUGUUAAAGCCUUUAAAAACCCUUCCCCUCUUCAUAAUCCUAAUCGGAGUAACAGCAGGCAUCAUAUUAUUCUCGAUAUUCAUAGCCUCAGUAGUUGUCUGCUAUCGUCGCAGACGCAAGAUGCAACAACUCAGUGAAAAACCUGAUGUAACUGUGACCACUGGAGACAUGUACAAAGAGAGCGACAGGAGUUCUAACAUUAGUGACUUGAAACUUCAAUUGCCGCAAAGUGAUGGAACCUAUGAGUUGGACUAUACAAGUUCAGACCGUUCAGAUACGAAAGUCCCAGUUGGUCUCCCGUUGGCAGGGCCAGUGCCACUACCGAACAUACGACUCGAUGAUCCACUGCUGCAGUUUAGAUACAGCAAUGAUUAUUCCGAUCCUUCUUAUGCUGAUUCUUAUUUCAAGAAUCCAGGAGGAUUCGUAUACGACUACCCUCAGGGGUACGCACCUCCACCACAUUUAAGAGUUCAGUCGCCCACGCAUCUUGAAGUACCACCAGCAAACAGAUCCCUACAGGGCUCUCUAACUCGAAGCAUAGACACAACAUCAACACUCCCUUUGUCAGGAGGAUCUCAGAACAACAGUUUGCAGCGAAUUAAUAAGUCUGCUGAUGAGACUGACGCUAUUAACAAUUUGGGACUUCCUGUUGGUGGCGAGACACCACCAACGCCCAUAUACGCUCAACCAAACUCCAAAAACUCAGGGGUGGACCUGCGGUACGCGGCAACUUACGGCAAUCCUUAUCUGAAAAAUAGUUCACUUGGUUAUGGCAACCAGGUGCACACAGCAAAGCCUGCGUCGACGCCCGCGCCGCCUCCCUACUCAGCGGUUAGGAGCUCCGUAGUAAUUCCACAAGGUAAUGGCAACCAGCCGGCGCAGGCCACCCACGUAUAGCACAGACUCCGACUAGUGUAAACUUAUGGACAAUUUAAAUUUGGUAUCGAAUAAUUUAUUCGAAAUUGUAAUUUACAGUUUUAUUAUCGGUAAAAAAAUGGUGAACAAAUUUGAAACGGUAGGCUUGCAUCUACUUAUAAUAUAAAUGAAUUGGGAAGAAAAAUUAUCCUAAAGAUUUAAAUGCUAAUUUCACAGGUGUUGAAUAUGAAAAAUAGAUGACUUUGUUAAUGUAACAUAGUAUUUUUUCGAAUAAUCA